AUGUGCAGGCAAUAUCGAGACCAGCUCAGUCCUUCAAGAAGGCCCCCUGUGACACAGGGAACCUCAGUUCUCAAGGUGCAAUCAGCUGUCUGUAGAAAUGACAGGUUCUCAGGGGUGGCCAGUGAACGUGUGACUUACAGAAAGUGGACAGGCCCAGUCCCUCGGAGUGACAAGCCCACUUCUCAGGAAGGUAACAUCAAGUCACCAAAGAAGACCAGUCCCAAGGAAGUCUCUACCAAGUUGAAACAAUCAUCACAGGGACUUUUAGAUCCAGAAAUUGUCACUGUCUCCUUAGUAUUGUUGGGAGAAAGUGGGAAGAUGACUUGA